AGGCUAAUAACCCUGUUUUUUAAUGUGUGGUUGUAUCGGCAUUGGAGUUGGAGUUGAACAAAGAAAAAUAAAAGAUGUCCCCAGAGAAGCAGCAUUCUAAAAAACCCCGACCUUCCCGUUUUCGUUUUCACUAGCCGUACCUCGUUGAUUGAUUAUUUCGUCGAGAUAUUUAUUCAACAUCAACACAGACUCCCCCGAGGAGCGAUGCGAGCCCGAGGAUCAGAUGUAUAGCUGGACGAGCGUGUAGAAGUAUAGUAACGGACGCGACGCCGGCACAGGCAACACUAGACACGGGAAAACGACGAGAACGACCCCUGCGUGGUGCCGGCCUCGCAGCUCGGUUGGUGACCAUGCCGAAGGGAGAAUCACGAAUCUCAAUCUCCGACACGAGCGGCGUGGUGCGCGGAUCCGGUUCUGGCCGCGGGAAAGAUGGUAAGUACGCCGCUCGCGGCGCUGCCAGUGCGCUGCUGCUGCAACUGGCGGGCCCGUCCAUCGUUUUCCACCAGUUGUACCAGGAGGAAGGGCUCGUAUGGGGAUACACGCUAAAGAAGAAACUCUCUCGCCGGAACCUGUCGUCGUCUUCCACGGCACAAACCCGUACACAACUUUUUCCCAGCAAGAGUGGCCGCCGCGGGGCCGGAAGAACGGGUCUCAUCCACCGAGCGCGUGGUGCGAAGAAGCAAGUUCCGCUGGCCGUGACCGGCGACAAGAGAGCCAGGAGCGUGGAACUGGUGUCGGUAUCGAAGCGCAUUCCGGGGUUGCCAAGGCAAUCUUGUCAAGCGAAUCAUGCAUAUAGUAAAACCUUGCGUGAGUGGGGACGUUCCCCCGCAAAGCCACCUUAGAAACGAAGGCAUCAGCUCUUGCAUUUUUUUUGUUAGUGUCUGGGUCUGCUCAUAUUCUUGUUCAUAUGAAUGAUGAUAUGGACAUUUCGCCAUUGCGUUUGCUGUUGUGACUGAGAUUGUCUUGGCUUCUCAAGAUUUUGGCAGAAUAAGUAUCCUUGCACACCGCUGAUGAGCUAGAGUUUCGCGUGCCAGCGGACGAAGCGACCGAAGAUUCACGCGUCCUACAACAAGAUCGGCUGGUUAGGAAGACGUCCCGAGAUGUAGGCAAUCGUGCAGUUCCCGAAGGCCCGUCUGACGGGUCGCCUUUCGCAUUCCUGGAGCAGCAAAGAGAAUUGCGAAAAAAGGAAACAAAGAAUAAAAACAGGAGCAAAAGCAAGGAAACAAAUAGCGGCACUGAAGACCACACCGAUGCGCAAACGGUGGACGCUUUCCUUCGUGGGACCGAAGAGAAGCUGAAGAGACUGCGGGAUGAAAUCGUGGGACGAGCAGGAACUUGUCGUGAUAGUGAUUCGCUGGAAUUUACUGAUGUGACAGCGGACAAGCUCGGAGAGAUGGGUCACCAGGAUUGCGAUUCGGAUUGCAUCACUUUUGACCAUCUGCCGGCCUCACCCCCCUCGGUAGAUUACGGCAAGGUCAGCGUGCGUCAUCCGACGAGUACCAGUGGUGAUUCUCUCGCGAAGAAUCUCUGUCUAGAGCGGGCGAUCGCAGGCCUCUUUCUAGAGGAAUCGGAGAAAACUGGGGAGUCGCAAGCGAGUGCGAGUAAGCUGUUGCGUUCUCCAAUCAUAGACGCAGCAUCCGACGACGCCGAUUUGGGGUUUGCGUCCGUGGUGCUGGAGCCCGCAACCCUUGAGCCUGAGUCUUCAGUUAUGGUUCGCUGGCCCCACACGACCACCGAAAAUCUGUCUCUGACUACUCUCCCGUCGUAUGUACGGACACUUACGGGUGGUGUUACGAAAAAUGUGUUGCUUGCUCUCGAUCGGUCGGGAUCUAUGGCCGACCACACAUCUGAUGGAGUCGAUUUACCAAACGUCUGGCCUGUGGCGGUAGCAGCCGCCAAGGCGGUGCUUGGAGUUCUCGAUGUAUCUGACCGGUUUUUAGUAACGACGUUUCAGCACCCAGUGCAAUUUUCUGCGUACGAAUUUGUCCAGGCGAGUGCGCAGAACGUGCAACUGGUCGAGGAUUGGGUAUCCAACAGAAGGCUACUGGCAUCUCUCUCCAGAUUCCAUUCAAAUUUGCAUUGAUCGGUAUAUAUAAAUGAAAAUGAAAAUCUAUGUAUAUCAAUUAUGAUUUGAGCAUUUUAUUUUCUCAUUCUCAUGGAGAUGGAUUGCGAUUGCAACGUCUGACUCUGAAGCUGUACCUAUGUUCAAUUUCUCAGGCGUUGUAGCGUCAUAAGUACACAACCAUGAAUACCCACAUAAUUGCAAGUGUGCAGGCACAGACUUGUGUGUUGCAUACGGUUUCGGAAGAUGCCUUUAUCUGACCUGCAUAGUGCUUGAACGACAUAGUACCUGCGGAUGGGGCACUGUACAGGAAAGACACGGACGAGGCUGAACGAGAUUUCGACGAGCGUCCGGACAUGGAAUUUGGCAUCGGCACUGGACUGAUCACCGGCACACUCGGCGUCGUUCCGAAAACUUGGCGCGACUACAUGAACGAUAAACUCACCCCCACAAACGAUACUGAUACUCCUGUGGAAGACAGAUCGCCUAUACCACCAGAGCCAUCGUCGCUUUCUCAUGAGUCGGAACAGGUGACUCACGAAUGUCGAUGGGCUUUUAGCGAAACUUGUGAGAAAACGUUGGUAGUAGUGAUGACAGACGAGGAGUUUACCGAAAAGCAAUAUGAGGAUCCAGAUUACCGAGUCUCAGUAGGAGGAGAUGUGGCUGUGGGUCGGGGAGAUUGGCUGGCCGAAAUGCUGCUAGGUGGAAAUGGAAACGUGGGUCCAUUCGCAUAUGAUCAGGGGGAGGAGCCCGCCGUCCGGUUUAGCCUGUACAGGUUCACCACAGAAGAGAUUACUUGGAGACAGCCCGCAUAUCAAUGGUAAAAUUUUCGUUUUCUAUCACAAAGCCAUUUUAAGUCAAAAAUGGGAAACACAUUUUUUUAUUUUUGAAAUAUAGUUGAGGGCCUAGCACCAGGCCGCGGACGAUUACAUCACGAAGCUGAAAUUCAAAUUUCUCCUGAAGUCGUGAAGACAGCAACGAAAGUGGAUCUUUAAGCACACCCGGUGUGGCUCACAUUUCAAGGAUUCACAUUCGUCGAUGCAUCGAACGAUCGAACUCAGCGAAAUGGUGUUAGUCAGAAGUGGUUUUCCCACAAGAAAUACUGGAAUCAAUAGUAGAUAGAAGUAUGGACGAAAGUCAGUCUAAAAUGAGAAGCUGAUUGCGUCGCAUGUCGUGCAGAUCGUUAUGCUUGAUGCAUUUGCCAGGAUGUAUGCGUCAUUGAUUGCUCUGCGAAGCGAUCAAAUGAUAAAUGAUAAUCAUCCUCAUCGGGCGGGUUUUUCAAAACUACAGCUACCAUUUGAUAUCUGUUUUUCGAUUUUGUUUCUCCUCUUCAUUGUGUGUUGACGCUUUUAGAAUGGUUGCGAAAACGAAAUUUUCCCUUUCAUACCUUCGGCGGUGUCUUCCCCAACAUUGCCGCGAAGUUUGAUGGCACUACCGAAGCAGUGUCGCGGAACGUACCACAGAAUGAUCCGCGUGCCUUACCGCAGCGCAUGGGGCAGUAUUGGAGGACAUUAAUGAGCACGGCAGGGGAAGACCAGGAGGCCAUUAUCUGGUCGGCUUUUCAAGACGAGAGCGAGGGUUAUCAGUUGACAGCCUGUAUGACGCUCACGAUUCCAACGGGCGGUCAAGAAAGUGAAGAAGAAGACCUGCGUGGCGUUGUAUGUCUCGACCCUCGUGCCGCGUUUCCAGUCAGUCUUGUGCAGCUGCAAUGUAUGGGUAAUGUUGGCGACUUCGACGCGACCGUGCGAGCAAAACUCGACACGGCUUUGUGUAAUAUGACGGAGCAGAAGGAGACACGUUUGAGCUACUGCGAGAAGCUACAAGACGCGUUGAAGUUGAACAGGACAGCAGAGGGCGAGCCGGUAACCACGGAAGUAUUGGAUUUGUUGACUCGCUUCCAGGGUAUAGAACAACGUGAUACUCUUGAUGAGGCUAUUAUGCGGUCUCUGACCGCGAUUGAAUGCGAGUCUGGAACGUGCGACCAUUUACAAAGAAACACGGCGAAAGCAGAAGAUGCACCCACGGGCGCUUCUGACAAUUGGACUAUGCGCCGUACCAUGCAUCCGACAGGAACUUUAUUCGUGACUGGAGACGAGGCUGUCAGCGACACGUUGCCGGAACAAGCUGUAUGCAAAAACACUACCGAGCCCGAGCCAGUUCCUGACGUGUGUGUGUGCAACAACGUAUCGCAAAAAGAAAGCAGACCCCCAGCAAGAGAACAUUUUUUGGCGGUCAAUGUACUGUGCAUUCCACGAAUACCUCAAAGCAUUGAUUGAGAUACAUUAGUCAAAUUGAUUCUUUUGCGAUCAAAAAAGGGGCAGACGCAGGUCCAGGAGCCGCCCCGAAAAAUGAUCGCGGGCGAGGUUGCGACGCACUAUUUUCUACGCGUCGAGAAAAACCCGCACAGACGAAGUUCCAGCGAUCCUUUUCUGCAUGUUGGUCUGGUUGCCCCUUCUGAACGAAGCAUAUUUUGUGUUGAUUGAACAAAUUCGUUGGCUUCCAUAUGCAUUUUGAUUUUCCACGCUGCGAGGGACCAAGUCAUGUUCUUUUCUGACUGGAAGGGAAACGCUUUUCAACAUGACAGAAUGGACAGGUCAACGAGACGGCGAACCUCGUGUCCUGUCCGCUGGGUAACAACAAGCAAAAUUGUGUGCUCGAUCAGUGUCACGACGGCUACGAAAUUCGAAUGAACUGGCCGGACGAUGGUGAAGUCGGGUGUUAUCCGAGCUGUGGUGGCGCUCAAUGUCUCACGCCAGAUGGUGACGGCGUGUACCACUGGCGGAACAUGGCGAAGGGGGAUAGUGAGUUGUGUGGUCUGGAGAACGCUUCCUCGCCGGUCCUCACCGACGACAAGGCCCUCGUGUUCAACGGUGUCACAGCAGUUCCUGCCGUUAUCACCGCUUGCCAAGAUUCAUGCUGCACACAGGGCUGCAAAGCACCCGAUGCAGGACAGACGCAGUAUUUUGAUUUUGUUUUCUUGUCGAGCACCACAGAAACUACACGCUUAUAGCAUCCGUCUCAAUCAACACCCGAGACCACGGCCGCCUGAUCUAUGCCAUCCCCAUGAUCCCUAUUCUUCUAGGCAUAAAACUCACAUUUACACAAUGAUAGAUAAGUACUAAAAAACCAUUACAGGGCCUAUAACUUUUCGCUCGUUACGGAGACGGAGUGGAAGCGGUUUCUUACUCUUGACGCGAUGCUAUCCUGCGGAACAGCGCUGGCUUGGAAUAUUUGCAAAUUCAAAAAAGAAACAAGUAAAAGUAGGGGAUUGUGGAUCCGGAACAGGCGCAAUCCAAUCUGAGGAAUUGGAAAUGUAAAGAAACGUAUAUAUUUGCUGCAGAGAUGGUUUAGCCAUGUGCUGGAGGUAAUCCGAGGUGAUUGCAAUAAGGACUGUGGUCAGAAGAUGAUGUAGUUCGAUAAAGCAUGUUUCUGUAGGAUAGUGCCAGCCCGGUGCGUCGAAUGAUACCGCGCAAUUGGAACAAUUGCACAACGCCAGUUGCAGUAUUGGGUACACCGGAGCGCCAUUUUUUUACUGCAAGGAAUCCGGGAUGGAACUACAGAAGGGUGGUUGUGUCGUUCCGCCAGUCACGACCAUGGCCCCUCCCGUCGGGGGCUGCAUUCAGCCGGACGCAGACGCUUUGCCCGGAUACGAUUUUACCGACGUCGACUGGGCCACUUUUCUCGCACAUCCAGAUAUGCAGCCCGGGGCGAACAACACGGAAGACAGCGCAGUGCACGAGAGCAACGCCGUUUGUGCGAAGAAUUUCACAGGUACGCCGAAGUUUUGGUGCGUCGCCACCGGUCAGCCGGUGCAGGUGGCCGGCUGCGUAGUUAGUGAGCAUCCUCAACCGACGAGCACAGUGAAACCGACAACGAAAGGCCCGCACGAAAUUAGCACCUAUGGAAUGCAAACAUUGCUGUGGGUCAGGGUUCUGGUUGAAGAUACUUACAUGCAUAAGGAGAUGUUUGUAUCCGCGCCCUGUUUCUAAUUCUGUCAUUUUUGAACGAAGCAGUACUAGUCUAGCAGCCAGCAAUUUACUUGUCCAAAUGCUAGUACAGACCAUGUUGACCACCACGGGUGGCCAAGGGACCAAACAUUUGAGAGGUCCCACGUAUCGUGACUCGAAUUUCGAUCGGGAAAUCCGAAUCGCAGCACGGCAGCAUGACAAAGCACGGGCACUUCUCGUUCUGAUUUAUUGCCAUGAUCACAGUCACAGAUGACAAAAAUAUCUUUCUACCAGACCCGGGCAUCACAACAUUUGUUCCCGUGCAUAGCGCGAGUUCCACUACCUCAACGACUACCGUUCCUGCGGACCCCGGUGGCCCCCUAGCCGCACCUCUGGUCGGCGGCCUCGGGGCCCUCUUGUUGCUGCUCCUGCUUUUGCUGUUGUUGUGUUGCGGCAAGAAGGAGGAGGAAGCCGCGAGGGAGGCGGCGCCGCUUUCGGCGGGAGAGGAGGGCGACCGGGGGUGGGAUUACAACCCCGCGGUCGCGGCACUGGAGCUGAAUCUGGGGGACUGCGAGAAGGCGCUGGUGGGUGCCGGGCUCACGGCGGCGUACGCGGCUUCCGCCGCCCGGCGCCUGGCCGGGGCGGACAAGGACCACCAGAAGUUAGAAAAGCCGACGACGGAGGGGGACCUGCACGCCAUGCAGCAACUGGGGAUGGAGUUUGACCUCGACGACGGCGUGGAGAUCGGGUUUCUGCGCGGCAUGAUGCGGAAGGCCUACGCGAAGCGGAAGAAAGACAAGGUCAGCCUGGGCACGGCGCUGCUGGACUGCGGGCAGGACGUGAGUGCAGCGGAGACGGUCCUGCGGUACCACGGCAUGACGGCUGCGGGCGCGCGGCGGGUUGCCAAACACGCCGCCAGCCCGGUCCUCGACGCGGAGCUGCUGGACCUGGACGACGGCGACCUGAGCGCGGAGGACGCACAGGUGCUGCGUGACCUGGGUCUGCCCGACGCCGCAAGCAUAUCGGCCGGCGCGCUGCGCAAGAUGUUGCGCAAACACGCGGGGGAGGCGGGGAACAACGACGAGGAAGACGAGUUUUCCACCUUGAAAUUUGACUUUGCCGUGGUCGAAACCGCGUUGCGGAGCGCGGGACUGACGCCCGCGUUUGCCAAGAAGUUGGCGAAGCAGGUGGCGAACAGAGCCGUGGAAAACGAUGACGAGCUCCUGAAGCCGGAGAGCAAGCAGGACGCGUCUAUCCUGGCGCGGGUGGGGCUCGACUUUGGGGAGACCGAGCGCGUCGGACGGGUGCGAGACUUUUUUGACAAGGUUGCCAAAACCCAGGGCAAGAAAACCCAGACCCUGCGCGCCUGCCCGCUAGAAGAAGCGGAGGAGCGCUUUCUGGAGGCGGGGUUCACGCAACGGUCGGCGGGCUUCCUCGCGGCAACGCUCGUGCGCAAGGCUCGCGACGCGGAGGACGUGCUGGCGCUGUCGCCGGAGGAGCGGGCGGAACUCGGCGCCGAGGGACAGGACGCGACACUGCUCGGUGAGAUCGAGCAGGCGCACGCGUUUUUUGGUUUCGCGUACCGGACCAAGGGGGGCAAGACGACUCCGGGUGUGCAGGCACGCACCGUGGACGAGGCCCGGGGGCAACUGAUGGAGACCGGGUUCUCCGAGAGGGCCGCGGGCUGGCUGGCCAAGAACAUGGUGAAGAAGACGCGCGAGGCCGAGGCGGACCUGGCGCUCUCGGCGGAGGACCGGCGCGAGCUGAGCGCCGAGGGCAACGACGCGAAGCUGCUCGGCGAGGUGGAGCGGGCCAAUGCUUUUACGGGCUUCGUGUACGACAAAGCGGACCAGAAGGGCGCGCACAAGUUGCAAACCUGCACGGCGGAGGAGUCGCGGGGCCGGUUCGUCGAGGCGGGGUUCUCCAAGCGGGUGGCGGGCCUGCUUGCGUCCAAGUUGCACAAGAAAGCGGCCCGCACCGGGUUGGACCUGGCGCUGUCGGCGGCGGAGCGGCGCGAGCUUGCCGCGGAAGGGCACGACCUGGAGGUUCUUCAGGAGGUGGAGCGCGCCAAGGGGUGGGCCGAAUUCGCCUACCGCCCCGGCAAGCAAGGCGGCCACAGUCUCGAGGUGCGCACCAAGGAGGAGAGCCGCGAGCUCCUCGUGGAGGCGGGGUUUUCUGACCGGGCCGCCGGCAUUCUGUCCGCGCAACUGAUAAAAAAGGCCCGCAAGGUGGAUCUGUCCCUGACGGCGAAGGAUCGGAAGGACCUCAACGCGGGGGAGCAGGAUCUCCUCCUCCUCGGGAAGCUGGAGAAGGCGGAGUCCUGGCUGAGUUUUGCGUACGCGGAGAAGCCCGUGGCCCCGGCUAUCGAUCUCCGGGCGCUCGCAGCGGCGGAGUUCGGCGGCACGGAGACGGUCGCCGCCUUCGCAAUGUUUCAAAAGGCCAUGCCGCCCCGGAAGCGGUACCCCAAGGGCGUCAAGCAGGCGGCUGCGUCCGACGGCAGCGAGGAAGACGACGAUGACGACGACGACGACGAGGAGGACGAAGCGAGCUCCGAGGACGAGCGAGACAGCAAAGGGAAAGUGAAGAGCAGCAUCGCGAAGAAGAAGGGCAGCAAAAGGGCACAGGCUCGCAGCCGCAGCGGGUCGUCCACGCGGAGCAAGGGAAAGAAGACCGCGCGGGCACUGCCGAAGAAAAGCCCAGCCAAGCCGAAGGCGAAAGUUGCGGCGCUCCCGCCGGGUCUGCUUGGCGAGGCGGAGGCCGCGCUGCAGGCGAUUGGGUUCACGCGGCGGCAGGCGCAGCUGAUCGGGCAGAAGAUAGCCGGCACCGCGGCGGACGACUUGGGCUCGGACGCGGUCACUCUGACCGACGAAGAGCUGCAGAUUGCGCAAAAGGGCCUCAACGGGGCCGCAAUUCUGGACCUGCAGGACCUGGUGUGCGAGCUGGUGCAGCAGAAAGCCUCGUUCUUCAAGGAGUACCAAGGUGGAGAGGAAGAAGCGCAUGAUGAAAACGAAAAAGACGAGGGCCAGCAGAUCUCUAUUCUAGCGAGUGCCCGCCGCGGCAAGAAGAAGGCCAAACCGAAGAAACGGGGAAGAUAAAUUUUUACAACUUGUUGAUGUUGAUGUCGACAAACACAGCGGCGAGUUCAAAAGAACGAUUCAUCGCUACUAUGUGACAUUCAACUCCAAUCCUCGCGGAUGUGAGUGAUGAGCAUGUCAGAUUUCAAUUUCUUCACAAGACAUCAUAGACACACGAACUGCCAUUUUUUAGUUUUCUUUUCUUUGUAUUGUACUGUUCAAGUCGACAUGCCGUUCCCUAUCUACAAAUUCGAGUUCAACACGACCAAAAUUAGAAUAUGUAAAAUCAAUCUAAGUAUUUCUACCUUGUAACCCCAUAGAUAAGAUCAAUCCUUCGUUACCGUUUUUCUGAAAAUCGUAGCACCUUGUUGAGCGCUGCAGGAGCAUAAAGUGAAAAAUUAGUAGUAUUUUAGAAAUACUACUAACAAGCAUAAAGUAAAACAAAUUUAGCAUGCAAGUGUUUCAAGUUUCUCACAUGUCACAUGUUGACUUUGAACAUGACCCCGAAAAAGUAAAAGAAAAGACAAAGACUAAGAUUGCUUGACGCCGCAGAAAUUUCUACCCCCACGACCCACCUGAGAUCAAACCCAAAGUGAUAUUUUUGCCGUUGUGCUUUAUUCUCCUUGAGCUUGAGCCCAU